AUGACGGGUGUCUGGAGCGCCCACGUGACUAAGGAAGGACGAACGUACUACUACAAUCGUAAUACAAAACAAAGUGCAUGGGAAAAACCUGCUGAAUUUGAUGGUGAAGAACCAUGUAAUAGUGGGAGUACACUCUCGUCGAAAAAAGCUGAAUGGGAAGAACUUUGGGAUCCAAAGAAUGAACGUGCUUACUAUUAUAAUCGUACAACUCGUAAAACUCAGUGGCAACGACCGGAAGGUGUAGAGAUUAAACCACAUAAUGCACCAAUCGAGAAACACAAGCAUCAUAAGAGUAAGAAGAAUGAGCAGAUGAUGAAAGAAGAAGGUCAUUUGAGUGAAACUUUGACUCCAAGUCUUGAGACUAGUACAUUGAAACAAGAAGAAAAACAAGAUGAGAGUAUGAUUUUGAGUAAAAAGAAAAAGAAAAAACAUAAACGAGAGAAAGUCGAACAUGUGGAGGUUGAGAAUCAAGCAAAGCGACGUCGUCAAGAUGAAAAGAGAUUGAUAAUCUGGGAUGAUGAAAACCAAGAGACGGAGGUAGUGAAGAAUAUUGAAGAAAAAGAUACAGAAGAUGGUAAAGAAGCAACGAAAUUAUUACAAGAACUUUCGAAAACGGAUGCAAUUAUGGAAUCGAAUGUAUUAGCAGUGAUUAAUGGAUUUUUAAGAGCUCAUACCGAGUCGAAUGGACCUGAACUUUUGGUGGAAAAACUAUCAUCAUCGUAUCGUGGACAUGCACAGAUGAUUGGUCUUGUAGCUUCGUGGUUGGAUCUCUUGCCUGUAUCAACGACAGUGCUUGAAAAGAAAAUGACGUUUGAUGUGAAUGAAGGAGCUGUGAUUGCAAAUAAAGGAGCGUCGUGGGAUCCUGCUGAAGAAAUUUUGUAUCGACAUAUUAAAGACAUUGUGAACGAAAAUUACGAUCCGAAACUUGUGUCAAAUGUAUUAAGUGGAUCAACGAUGGAGCCACAAUGGCUCACUCAGAUGCUGAGCGACCGAAAGUGGCGAUUAAUGUUAAUUGAGCUAGCAGAAACACACAAGACAUGCACGUUGUUACAGUAUGCAAUUCGACGGAUCUCAGAAGCAGGUCAUCAUAAGGAAAUCGCAUCAAUCACGAGUGCAAACGCUUUUUUUCCAGUAUUUAAUGGUGUUUUGGUGGACGCUUUUAGCCGAAUACCUUUUGCUACAGAAGAAGAAGUAGUAGAAGAUUUAGCAGCUUUAAAGAAGGUUUGCUGUCAAUCUUCACACUCAUACCUUUACGCUCAGGAAUUACUCUGUUCGAUGGAUGACAAGUUAUAUUCAAUUCAAAAAGAUAUGAAAGCUACUAGCAACGAGUAUACACACAUCCGUAUGGUACGUUCGAAGCUCAAUCGAGUUCAUAGUGAGCUUCAGGAGACUGCUAGUGGUCGAUUUGGUGCAAAGAUCGUUCCAUAUCACAUCUUACGUCGUCGGUAUAUUUAUGACAAAAAUUCCGAGUUUUGUGACGCAAUCUUGUCAAUAAUCAAGACGAAAAAGUGUUCCGAAUUAAGUGCACAAGCAUUGGCUAAGGAGUAUCAAAUGUCCAAAGAUCCACCUCCAGUAGCUCAUCUACGAGAUACAAUGGUACUGUCGAGUUUAUUGGAUCGUUUGUUUAAUCCAUCGGACUUGAUUACAUCGGCAUUUAUACAAAAUUGCGUCUUCCUUUUGGCUUAUGCUGCUUCAACGAAAGAUGAACGAAGUUUAUUGCAAACAGGAGUUGAAGGUUCUUCGAAACAGGUUCAAGUUGAUAAUGAAAGUGUUGAGACUACAAAGAAAGCGUUAAUUGAAGCUUCAGCAAUAUGCAAGUCGGAUCACACACUGGGGUAUAAUAUGAAUCAAUCAGGCGUAGUGGAUAAACUCAUUUCGGUCAUGUCUGUUCCCGUUGUGUCAAUGGGUGUGCUGCAUUGGCUUGAAGUGAUUCUCACAUCACCAGGAUUUUUUAGUAGCACACCUUUGCACAUUUGCUUUCCUAGUCUACUUCGGAUAUUAAAGGAAUCGAUUAAGCUUCACAGUGCACAAUGGCCAAUUGCAUUUGGUGUGCUAGUAACAUCAUUACGAUUACAUCCUGAUAUUAAUCCAGUCAAAGCAUUGGAAUUGAAACGAGAGACACUUGGAUGUAUGGUGUUUAUGAUAACAAAUGGUUACGUGUUGCCUGUUCUGGAGUUUAUCUUUACAAAUACGUUGGAGUUAGAUCAAGCAUUACUUCGGAAUUUUAUUACCAUGUUGUUUGUGCGUAUUGCACCACCAUAUUCUCAAAAAUUUGCUUUGGCUUUGACACGAAUUUUGACACAUCCAAAGGUACAGACUGCCAUUAAGACUUGUCCACGUGAGAGCAAGAUGAAAUUGCAAGGAUUUGUGACGUAUUGUGCCAAGAAUUCAAACGUUUUGUCGUCAGAUCAAUUACAAUCGCUGAUUAUUAUGCAAGAAGGAAAGGAUUAA